AUUAACGGCAGAAUUUCAACGUCAAUUUAAAAACCUGAUUAAUAGUCCGCCUAUUUGUUCAUUAUUAAAAAAUUACUCCCAGCAGAAAAAAUCCCCAAAAUUAUUUGCACCAAAAAAACAAAAAACCCUAAUAAAUUCCCAGCUAUUUCCCCUUUCUCUGUCCUAUUUCUGGAUAAAUCUUCAUCAUUCUUGUCAUAUUUUUUCCCUUUAGGCAUAUCUGAAUGCUGAAUGCUGAAUGCAAUGAAUGGUACUAAGCGUCGGAAUGUUUUUUUAAGUUCAAAUUCUGAUGAUAGCCCUUUUCAAAUUAAAAAGGCCAUAGCAGAAUCUUCUUUAGGUUGUCAAGAAACUGUAGUCUCGCCAUCACCUGAAGGGGUAACAGCUGCUGCACCAUUGUUGGACCGACGUAAGGCUGCUCGACAACAUGUGAGGGCUUUAAACACUGAAUUUGCAAGUUGGGUGCAAUCUCAGUUACGGGAUCACCCAGAUGAACUUUGGGAAGAUGGCAUUAUGGACUACUUACGCCAAGCUUCUGACAUAUUGGGGAAAUUCACUGAUGUUGUCAAUUGGCUAAAAGAAAAAAAUUGUAUUGAAGGCAGUACAUCUUUGUUGGGAACCCAGUAUAGUGAGAAGAAAAAUACUCUGCAAACAAACAGCAAGGAUGUAAAAUCUGGCCCAGGGACAUAUGUGUUUGGUAGUAGUGAAAAUACAGGCUUCUUACAUUCGUCAAACUCUGGUGCUUCUAGCUCCACCUCUACCUCUUCCUCAAUUCUUAGCUCUACAAGUUCAUCUCCUUCAUGGAGCUUUGGUUUAUCUGCAAAUACUCAAGCUCUUUCACAAAGUGCGAGUGCUUCUCCUGUAACAUCAUGGAGCUCUGGAGUAUCUUUCGGUAUUAAAUCACCGCCACCAGUCAAAACUGUCAGCUUUUCUACUUCACUUAGUUUUGGUGUAUCAUCGAGCAAUCAAGCAUCCUCGUUGGCUAAUACCACCAGCUUUUUGAGUUCUACAAGUUCUGGAAUAUUUUCAAAUAGUCAAACACCAUUAUUUGGUUCUUCGAUUGCUGGAACUUCGUUCAAGAGUCAAGAAACUUUUAUGUUUGGGAAUCAAAAACCAGCUGCAAUCAAUGACAGUGUCAAAGAGGAUGUUGAUAAUGAUAAUGAACCUGAGCAACCUAGCAGCCCAUCCGUGAAAAGUUCUGAAGAAAAGGGUAUUACUGUGGUGCACGAAACCAAAUGCAAGCUCUACAUAAAGUCAACUGAUUCUGCUGACAAGGAGCCAUGGAAAGAUAAAGGUGCUGGAAAACUUUUUAUCAAAUGCGUGGAGGCGGCUAGCAAGGGUACAAAGGAAUCUAAGCCAAGAAUACUUGUCCGUAAUGAUGUUGGAAAGAUAAUGCUCAAUGCUUCAUUAUACCCAGGCAUCAAAACAAAUUUGCAGAAAAAUGCCAUUGUGACUAUAUUCCAUACUUUGGAUGAAAGUGGAGAAAGUGGAAAAGCAGUUGCUCGUACGGUUCUAAUUAGAGUAAAAAACGAGGAGGAAAGAAAUAAAUUGGCAGACAUUAUACAUGAACAUGCACCAACUGCUUGAAAAAGAAUUGAGUUUUUGCUUGAUCGUCACCUCAUAUUUUGUUUCGGUGGGGUGAACCGGGCUGGAUUUAUUUCUUCCAGCUACUGUCAUUUUGUUUUCUGAUGCUAUUUUGGAAAGACAAGCUUGCAGAAAAAUGAGUAGAAACAAGCCCCAUUUGUCAGAAUACUUUCAUUGUUGUUGUAUGAUACAAAUUUGUCAUCAGUUACGUACUACAAAAGGUGAUGAUGUUCAGCUCUUGUGCAAAGAAAUGAAAUACAGUCUUACAUUAACUGAUUAAAGGACUUUUCUUUUUCCUCAA